AUGGAAGCGGAUUUGAGUGAAAUGAUGCAAAAGUUCUCACUAGCUGGGAAUGAACUCUCUGGAGCUAUGUUGGACUUAGGAGAUCUGGAAAGUGGAGUAAGAGAGUGUAAGGACAGUAUAAUAGGGAGAAUAAUGGGAGAGAAGAUAGCGAGUUUCACAGGAGUGAAAAACUUUGUCACGAUAGCAUGGGAGUAUCCCAAAAAUUUGGCUGUCUUAGAGUUGGGACCGAAUCUAUUCCAGUUCAACAUCCCUAACCCUGAGGAUAGGGAAAGGAUAGUGGAAGGAGGGCCUUGGGUAAUAGAUAACCAAGUUUUGGUUCUGAACAGAUGGGAGGAAGGAAUAGAAGGAAAUAUGGAAGCUUUCAAGAUGACACCUUUGUGGGUACAGGUGUGGAAUUUACCGGUACAUUGGGUUACUAAAGAGGUUGGACGUAAGAUAGGGGCAGUGUUCAAACAGGUUAAGGAUGUUAUAAUCCCCCAAAUGGGGGGAAAGAAAGGUAGGCAUUUGAACAUGUUUGUGCUAGCGGAUCUAUCAAAACCUCUUCUUAAAGGGACAAUAGUAAAAACUGAGGGUACUUUGAAAUGGGUGGCAUUUAAGCAUGAAAGAUGUUCUGAUUUUUGCUAUAACUGUGAAUUUGUGGGUCAUCGAGAAAGGACUUGCACCAACCAGCAAGAAACAUCAAGAGGGAAUGUUGAUAAUCAGUAUGGCCCCUGGCUGAGAGCAGGUGCUGACAUUCUUACAAAAGCCCUUCCAGCAAUUGCUGUUAAAAGUGAUAAAAAAGGGCAAAUUCCAGAAGACUGCACCGUCUCUGGCGUGCCCACGCCAGACAACGCAGAGUUGCGUGAAAAAGCCGGAUUGCGGGUCCUAUUCCUGGGGCCACCGCCUUUCCUUGGAGCCAUACUUUAA